GAAAAGUGUACAGUCGCAGCUAAUUCUCUCCGCUCCCAGCCUGCCUUGUCCACAAGCCAGUAUGACACGAGGCAAAUGAAAUUUUCUCGAAGCGCAGAUGUCGCGCCUUAUAAACCGGCUGAGGAGGAACACUAGAAUCCCCAACCGCCUUUUGCUUUCCAGUUCAACGUCCCUCCGCCCUUGUUUCACUUGCUCUGGCAAACAGUAUCUGGAGCUAUGUUUCCGACUGUCACUCGCACACCUUUGACAAAAAUGGAUAGUCAUACUACCCCUCCCAACAUGUCGAUGAUUGAGCGUGCUCGUCGUUCUGACUUGUACGAUGGGGCUUCUCUAGAAUGCGUCAAGGCUGCCGCCGACGUCCAUCUGGACAGUCAACAAAGCGAGUUCGAAAAAUACCUCUUCCACCUUUCUCAGGCAGAAAGAUACAAAGCUGAUGCUACUCAUCAGGAUGUUGGGUACGCCAUAGGUGCUACGGUUGCAGAGACGGCCAUUGAGACUGCUCGUGAGGCAGCCAAUAUCGUUGAACGACCGAGUUUCUACGGCAACUUUAACUUGUACACGAUGGACAUCCCUUUUCUCCAUGACAUAUACAUGGGACAUGGAGAGCCGGACCACGAAGCUCUUUACAAAUCGCUUAUGAGGCACCAAGCUACGGGAUAUGCCAGCGCAUGUGUUACCCUCCGCAAGGGGUUCUGGGAAAAUGGGGCGGCGGUAUCUGCAGACGUUCGCGAUCCGAGGUCUUGCAUACCGAUCCCCCUUCAUCUGACCCUCGUUGUCGAGAUGGACGUAACCUAUUCUGAGGAAGAGCUGGAUUUCUUUGUAGAUGGGAAUGACCAUCUUCGCAUGAAUGUCCCUGGUGUCUUUGCGAACUUGGAAUUGGAGAAUGAGAGUCAUUGUUCCUCGGGGCAGUUGUUGAUGAAUAGGUGCUGGGCGAAGAUACAGCCUGAUGGUUCGGUGGCUGAGUUGUUCGAAGGGUAUAUGGAGAUGAAGGUGCAUAACAGGAUGUACUUUCUUGGUGGGCAUGGGGAGGAUAUUGAUAUGAUCCAGCAUGCUUUUUGGGCCAUUCGUGAUUGGACUGAGGACGAUCUGAACGAGGAAGAGGGUGUCUUUGACUUAUUUUGACUGUAAUUUUUUGUUUGAAUAGGCGACGCAUGAUAUACACGAACGUAUCAUCUACUAGUUUGUUUUCAACACAAAAAUUCAAACGAGCUACAGUGUUUUCCUAUGGAAAGACCAGAAAGUUACGAACGCCAAGGGCCAUUUACUCGAGAUACGUAUACAGGCUUGUUCGAACCAGAACGAAGAUAGCAGAACGGCUGCAUUUACAGAAGUAGGGAAUUCUACAACUAGGGCUCGUCCAUCCCAACAAAACUUUCCACA